AUGUAUAGGGUCACUUUCGGCUCUCGUACGUUACUGAACAGUGUGGGCGCUGUGCGCCAUGGGAUUACGUUAAGGUACCUAUCGAAGAACGCAAAUCGGAAGGUAGGUGGUACGAUCUUGACCUCCAAUGCAACGCCGGAGUCCACUACGGUCUCCUUUUUGACCGAUGACUGUUCUGGGGCUAAACCUUUCACCGUGUGCUUCAACAAUAUCUUCUUGAGGGAUGCCUCCAGGUCUAGUGACUCCGUGGAUGCGGACACGGGUCAGAAACUGUUCACUACGGGCCAGUUGGCGUCCGAACCACGCCAUUUCACGCCGGAAAAAGUGGACAUCACUGAGAAUGGCCAAGCUUUGUCCAUCACAUGGAGGGAUGGUGACCACUAUGAUUACCCGCUGGAGUUCUUGUACAGGUACAAGGGGUCCACUUAUGUCUCGAGGUCUCUGAGAAACCAAUCUUCGAAGCACAAACCCGUGAUCUGGGAUGCCACUCUUUUCAACAAGCACUUGGAUUCGUUCAGGUACAAGUACAACGAGUACAUGACCGAUGACAAGGUACUGUACCAAACGCUUAUCAAGUUACAAAAGUUUGGGAUUGUAAUGAUCACGGACUUGCCGGAGUUGUCAGCGGACUUGGACCCGCUGCAGGAUCUGUGCCAUCGGGUGGGACCUCUGCGUAAGACAAUAUACGGCGAGGUGUUCGAGGUGGACAACACAAAACCCAACCACUCGAACAUCACGUUUUCGAAUAAGAGGCUGCCCUUCCACCAGGACCUGACGUACUUGGAGAACGUGCCCGGGUUCCAAAUCUUGCAGUGCGCAAGGAACGAGACCGCUGGGGGCGAAAACAUCUACGUGGACGCAUUCAACGCGACGAGACACAUCAGAGAAACGGACACGGAGGCGUACGAGGCGCUGCAGAUCGUGCCCGUCAACUACUCCUACAAGAAGGACGACAAAAGGUACUACCAGUCGAAACCGAUCAUCGAGCAGUUUGAUUCCAAUGAACACAACGUCGAGAUCAGCAACUACGAGUACCUGAUCAAGCAAAUCAACUACUCGCCCCCCUACCAGGCACCCUUCACGUACGGGAUCUACAACAAGGCGCCGCAGAAGGAGGUGAGCACGACACCUGGGAAGACGAUCGAGAGGUUCACUUUUAAAGACUUUGUCAGAGGUCUCGAGAUGUUCGAGGACUCGAUCAACAACCCGGCGAACCAGCUGAUGAUGAAGAUCCCGAAGAAUUGCGCGGUCAUCUUCAACAACCGACGGAUCCUCCACGCAAGAAACGAAAUCUUCUCGAGCGAGGCGUCGCGCAGAAUCUUCAGAGGCUGCUUCUUCAGCAACGACCACUUCAGAAGCAGGUUAAAGUACCUCGAGGAGAGGUUCGACUGA